AUGGAUAGGAUGCUGCUGUGGAAUCUCGUGUUAUUUUUUUCUGGAAGUCAAGCCUCAAGAAUGUUGGCUCAAAGGAAUGCCGAAUUUGCAGUGGACCUUUAUCAAGCUGUUUGCUUAUCUCAAAAGAACAACAUUAUAUUUUCUCCACUUGCAACAACUUUGGCUCUUGCUGUGGUACAACUGGGAGCCAAAGGAAAAGCGGAACAGCAGAUAAGACAAGCUUUAAAGCUUCAGGAUCCAGCCACUGGAGAAGAAUUUUCUGUGCUGAAGUCAUUUUUCUCUGCCAUCUCAGAAAAAAAACAAGAAUUUACAUUUAAUCUUGCCAAUGCCCUCUACCUUCAAGAAGGAUUCGCUGUGAAGGAACGGUAUCUCCAUGGUAACGAGGAGUUUUUUCAGAGUGCUGUAAAACUGGUGGAUUUUCAGGAUGCAAAGACUUGUGCAAAAACAAUAAAUACCUGGAUAGAAAGCAAAACAGAUGGAAAAAUUAGAAACAUGUUUUCUGAGGAAGAAUUUGGGCCUCUGACUCGACUUAUCCUAGUGAAUGCUAUAUAUUUCAAAGGAGAUUGGAAACAAAAAUUCAGAAAUGACACACAACUGAUGAAUUUCAUUAUGAAAGAUGGCUCAACAGUCAAAAUUCCAAGGAUGAAGGCUCGCCUGACCACAAAAUAUGGUUAUUUUUCUGAAUCCUCCGUGAACUACCAGAUUUUAGAAUUGCCUUAUAAGGGUGAUGACUUUAGUCUAGUCAUUAUACUUCCUGCAGAAGGCGUGGACAUAGAAGAAAUGGAAAAACUCCUGACAGCUCAGCAUAUCCUGAAGUGGUUCUCUGAGCUGAAGGAAGUGGAAGUGGAAAUCACUCUCCCCAGAUUGAAUGUAGAGCAAAAAUUAGACUUCAAGGAAGUUUUGUAUGCUUUGAACAUAACGGAGAUAUUUACUGGUGGCAGCAACCUUUCUGGAAUAACAGAUUCAGCAGAUGUGUAUAUUUCCCAAGUCAAGCAAAAAGUUUUCUUCGAGAUAAAUGAAGAUGGCAGUGAAGCUGCAGCAUCCACCGGCGUACACAUUCCUGUGAUCAUGAGCCUGACUCAAACUCAAUUUAUAGCAAACCGUCCAUUUUUGUUUAUUAUGAAGCAUAAUCCAACAGAAUCAAUCUUGUUUAUAGGAAGAGUGACAAGUCCUGACACCCAAAAGAUGAAGGGAAGAGAUUUAGAUUCACUGUGA